AUGAUGUUAUCUUUACUCGAAGUCAAAAGCAAAUUUGGUGCUGAAUUCCGUCGAUUUGAAUUAGAUCGAAAAAUUCCAAUCAAAUUCGACGAUUUCUAUAAAUUAGUUGAAGAUUUACAUGGGUUACAAUCGAUUCCAUUUCAUGUCACUUAUCUCGAUAAAGAUGGAGAAUUACUUUCGAUUAAUAAUGAUACAAUUAUUGAACAUAUUCUGCGAGUCUACUCAGGUCUAUUGAGAAUUUUUGUACAACGAAAAGGUGAAUCGUAUCAAUAUGCAAGUGAUUCAUUGAAAAAACGGAAAAAGAUUUCAGAUCAGAUCUCUUCAUUUAUUCAUCCGUCCUCUGAUAAAAACAUUCAUUCGCCUCAGCGUAACAUUGAAAUUCAGCCAGAUUUUCGUCUUGUUUCAUCAAUUAUCGAUGUGGAAAAGUUACCUGUGACAUAUCGUCGCGUGAGAUUACAUCGUUAUAAAGAAAGUAAACCACUCGGAUUUUACAUUCGUGAUGGAGUCGCCAUCAAAUACGGUCCAAAUGGUGUAGAAAAUGUUCCCGGUGUGUUCAUAUCACGUUUGUUAGCUGGUGGUUUAGCAGAAUCAACUGGUUUAUUAUCCGUUGGAGAUGAAAUCAUCGAAGUUAAUGGAAUUGAAGUUAGCGGAAAAUCUUUAGAUCAAGUUACUGAUAUGAUGGUGGCGAAUAGUCAUAAUUUAAUUAUUACUGUUCGCCCACAAAAUGAUACAUUCAAUUUGAAACGUACGAUGUCGACAUUAUCAACAACAAAUCGAAAUAAUACAAGUAAUAUGACCAAUCAAAGCGCAGGUUUAAGUGAUGAAGAUGAUGAUUUAUAUCGUUUACAAGAUACACGUAUCGAUGCUCAUUUACCUAAGACGCCAUCCGUGUUAAAAUUGUGA